AUGCGAGAGAGUGGGUUGGCGUUGGAAGUGCUUGGGUCGAAGUGUCCCAGGCUGAAGGUGCUUAAGCUUGGGCAGUUUCAUGGGAUUUGCUUUGCGAUUAGGUAUGAGCUAGACGGCAUUGUGUUGUGUUCAGGGCUGGAGUCAUUGUUGAUCAAGAACUCGGCUGAUUUGACAGAUAGGGGGUGA